GUUCCAAAGGCUCCCGGGGAGGGGGUUUGGGGGAACUGGCAGAGCAGAAGGGAGCCAGAGAGGAGGAGAGGGGCAAAAACAAAGGUCUGGAUUUGGGACCUAGAUAAGGAGAGAAAGUAAAUAAGCACCGCGCCCGGCUCCAGCUCCCAGGGUCUGGGCGGCCAGGCGUCAGCUGCUUGGUUCGCGUUGGCUGUUUCGGGGAGCCUGAAGGCCACCGCACCAAGGACACACAACACACAACACACACACACACACACGCACACACACGGAGGCAGCCCCACAGGCACAGGCGCGCUCUCAAUGGAUACAAAAGUCUGGCCGUUCUAGUGGCGAGGAGGGAGGGAGGGAGGAAGGGAGGAAAGGAGGAAGAGAGGGAAGGAGGAAGGGGGGGCGGGCGGCGGAGAGCCCGGGGCGGGGGAGAGCCGGAGCUCGAGCCCUGCCGGAGCCCGAGCCCGAGCCCGAGCCCGAGCCCGAGCCCGAGCCGAGCCCGAGCGAUUGCGCCCGUGCCGGCUCCCCCAGCCAUGCGUGCCGCGGGCCCGUGAAGGGAGCCGCCGUGCGCCGCUGGCUGCCAAGUCCUUGCCCCGCUUUUGUCUCGCCCUACAGUGAAUCGGAAGAUGGAGAUGGAUGUUAAGGGAGUUUCUCAGUGCCCGGAGCCCAUCCCCCACUCUCAGGGGGCUGGCGGAGGCUGUCAGCAGCCACCGCCGCCGCCGCCGCCGCCGCCGCCACCGCCGCCGCCGCCGCCGCAGGAUGAGCAGCCUGGGGAAAGUGCGGCCGCCGGGGACAGCCACCCAGAGAAGAGACCAAACAGCGAGAAAGAAGACAAAAAGAGGACCUCGGCCAGCAAGACUUCAGGUGCUCCUUCCUACAGCAGAUGGUCCAGCUCACAGCCACAUCAGGAGGCUCUGCAAUGUUCCGGGCUUGAUGCAAUCAGCACAAUGCCAUCUGCAAACAACAGCAUCUGGAGGACAUCACCAUCUAUAGGGAAUCCCUCUUUGAUUUGGACUCUGCGCUGGACAUCCUCCAUGACAAUGAGAAGCCUGGGACGCGGAAGCCUGGGGACUUGCCCCAUUUCUGCAAUAGAAUAUUCUUCUAGCUCCACGGUGAGAACAUACCAAAACAGUAAAUCCAGAGUGACCAUGAGUCCCGGCUUCAGCUCCCAGUGGAACAGCAGCCAACCUGCUUGGAACAGCUAUACCUUUCCAAGAGCAAGCUUGCACUACCAGUCCCAUGCCAGCUACACCUACUGUGCUGGACACCCUGCCUCCUAUGCACCAGCUCCCCACCCCAUGGCUCCUCCCAGCCCCAGCACAAACAGCAGCAGCAACAACAGCAGCAGCAACAACAAUAGCGGAGAACAGUUGAGUAAAACCAACUUGUACAUUCGAGGCCUUCCACCCGGCACCACGGACCAGGACCUAAUCAAGCUGUGUCAGCCGUAUGGAAAAAUUGUUUCCACAAAGGCAAUUCUUGACAAAAAUACAAAUCAAUGCAAAGGUUACGGCUUUGUAGAUUUCGACAGUCCGGCCGCGGCACAGAAAGCGGUAGCGUCUCUCAAGGCCAAUGGCGUCCAGGCACAGAUGGCCAAGCAACAAGAACAAGACCCCACAAAUCUAUACAUCUCCAAUUUGCCCAUUUCCAUGGACGAGCAGGAAUUGGAGAACAUGCUGAAACCCUUCGGCCAUGUCAUUUCCACCAGAAUAUUAAGAGACGCCAAUGGAGUCAGCAGAGGUGUCGGAUUUGCCAGGAUGGAGUCAACUGAAAAAUGUGAAGUGGUAAUUCAACAUUUUAAUGGAAAAUACCUGAAAACACCACCGGGAGUACCAGCCCCCACUGAGCCUUUGCUGUGUAAAUUCGCAGAUGGAGGGCAGAAGAAGCGUCAGAACCAAGGCAAAUACACACAGAACGGAAGGCCGUGGCCAAGGGAAGGAGAGCCUGGCAUGGCAUUGACCUAUGACCCUACAGCUGCUAUACAGAAUGGAUUUUAUUCUUCACCGUACAGUAUUGCAACAAACCGCAUGAUUCCCCAGACAUCUAUCACGCCAUUCAUUGCUGCUUCCCCUGUGUCCACAUAUCAGGUCCAGAGCACUUCAUGGAUGCCUCACCCACCCUACGUUAUGCAGCCAACAGGCGCUGUGAUAACACCAACAAUGGACCACACUAUGUCAAUGCAGCCAGCAAGCAUGAUGGGCCCCCUGACGCAACAGAUGAACCAUCUUUCCCUGGGCACGACAGGAACGCGCCCUGGGACCAAGAACCAGUCACCCCACCCUAGUUAUGGCUCUGCAUAUAUGUAUAUGACUGCGGCUGCACCUAUGCAAGGGACCUACAUUCCCCAGUACACUCCUGUGCCUCCAACAGCCGUCCCUAUAGAAGGUGUUGUUGCUGAUACCUCUCCCCAAACAGUUGCACCUUCAUCACAGGAAGCCAGUGCCCAACAACAGCAGAUAGCGGUGGAAACGUCCAGUGAACAUACGCCUGCAUAUUCCUACCAACAGUCUAAACAAUAAACAGGACUGAAGAAUGUCGAUCUGAAAACUUUGCCUUGAAUGGAGAAACUUCAUUGAACAAGGAGUUGGCUUCCAGUUUGCACAGGCGUCAACCGAAUGCUUUUUUUUUUCAUUUUCUACUUUACCCAAUGAAAAAAAAAACCCAAGUGUUUUUAUGUGCUGUGCAAAAGGUUCCGUCAUGUAGUCUGACAGUUUUAUUUUUGCUAUAAUUUUUUUUAAUUAAAGAAAAAACCCAGAGGGGGAAAAAAAAACACAAACACUGGGGGUUGACAUUUCAUCUGGAUGAACAUUCGGAUUCAGAAUUUACCUGAAGGUGUAGAUAGAAUUUUUUUUAAAAAACAAAAACAAAAAAACAUCAAAUCUGAUGAUGUUAAGAGGGAGCGAGCUGAGAUGAAAACCUUGUCUUCCUCAAUAAUUAAGCUACUUUCUCUUUUUUUUUCCCUUCUUUAACUCUAGUGCAUUUGUUUAAUUUUUUAUUUUUUUUUCUUAGAAAUGUUUAGGUAAGGUUUAUCUUGAAUCUUAAUUGCCUUAAUUUUAAGGACGUCAGAGGCUCUCCAGGCAAGCUGUCCACGUCUUGUUAGAAAAACAAACAACAAAAAAAACAAAAACAAAAAAACAAAACAAAACAAAAAAAACAAAAAAACAAACAAACAAACAAAAAAAAACCGGAGAAGGAAAUUUGAAACGACUGCUUUGAGCCAGCUUCAACUGGUGCAGAAGUUUAAUAGACUCUGAGUUUUUAGGGUGAAAAAAAUAAACUGUACAGUUGAAAAGAAAAUGUUUUUCUUCGUUUGAAGAAAAUUUGUUGAUAAAGGAACCAUGGCAACUGCAAGGAUUAGAAAAAAAAAUGCUGGGACUUUUCAUGAACUUUGUCUUAAGUGUUGACAGGAAUCAUUCUAGAAAGGAAAAGUGACUGACAGUAAAGUUAUUGACAUUGGUUCAAUCAAAUGGCUGCAUUCGAAAUGAUACGGGGUUUGGGGGGGGCAGGAUGCAGAUUUUUUUUUUUUUAUUUCCAAGGCGUGAUCGCUGACAAAAGCCCUCGUGCUUUUUACCUGCAGUCUUUUUUAUGAGCGUUAAGAAGUUUUUAGUCAGCUUUGCUUGUCACAUUGCAAAACCUAGCUUAAGAGCAUUAAAAUAAAAAAAAAAAAAUGAAAAAAAAACUUAAG